CUUCUCACUUGUACCCCAUGAAGUACUUUUUUCAAGCUAACCCAAACGGCCUCGUCAUCAGAACGAGGAUCAACAUAUAUUCUCGUCAGUUGUUGCUUUUCUCGGCAGUUGAAGACAUAUCAAACUUUGAGUUCUUAUUCAAUCAGAAAAGAAAGAACAGAAGAUGACAGAUAAAAUGGCGAAGAGUGCCAGAGAAAACGGUGACAAUAAUAUCCCCGAAGAUGCCAAUGAACAUUGCCCAGGUCCUGCAUCGGAGUCUGCUGGUAAAUCUGAUGCUUGUGCUGGUUGCCCUAAUCAGGAUGCUUGUGCUUCCGCCCCCAAAGGCCCUGACCCUGAUUUGGUUGCAAUUGCAGAAAGAAUGGCUACUGUAAAACACAAGAUACUAGUUUUAUCUGGCAAGGGUGGGGUUGGCAAGAGCACAUUCUCUGCUCAACUUUCAUAUGCACUGGCAGCUAUGGACUUUCAAGUGGGUCUCCUUGAUAUUGAUAUUUGUGGUCCAAGCAUCCCAAAAAUGCUUGGUCUUGAAGGCCAAGAGAUUCACCAGAGUAAUCUUGGAUGGUCUCCUGUCUAUGUGGAGUCCAAUCUCGGUGUCAUGUCAAUUGGGUUCAUGCUCCCCAAUCCAGAUGAUGCUGUCAUAUGGAGAGGCCCUCGCAAAAACGGAAUCAUCAAGCAAUUCCUGAAGGAUGUCUACUGGGGGGAGCUUGAUUUUCUGGUAGUUGAUGCUCCACCAGGGACUUCAGAUGAACAUAUAUCAAUUGUUCAGUUCCUCCAAGAAACAGGAAUCGAUGGUGCUAUAAUAGUCACUACACCACAACAGGUCUCCCUGAUAGAUGUCAGGAAAGAGGUUAGUUUCUGCAAGAAAGUUGGAAUACAAGUUCUCGGGGUGGUUGAAAAUAUGAGUGGAUUGUCUCAGUCGGUUCCAGAUUUCAAAUUUGCACGGAUGUCAACUAUAGGUGAAGAGGUAGACGUGACAGAGUGGGCAAUAAAUCUCAUGAAAGAGAGAGCACCGGAACUUAUGAAUUUGGUUGCUUGCAGUGAAGUGUUCGACAGCAGUGGUGGUGGUGCUAAAAAAAUGUGUGUAGACAUGGGUGUACCCUUUCUUGGCAAGGUACCAUUAGACCCUCAAUUAUGUAAAGCAGCAGAGGAAGGCAGGUCCUGCUUUUCGGAUAGCAAGUGUAGAGCGAGUGCACCUGCGUUAAAGCGGAUCAUAGAGAAACUGGUAGCAACACAAAUGCCAGAUAUGAUAAAUGAUGCUUAAGAUAUCUGGUGCUGGCUUUUUGGCCGAGGGCCUAUCUAUGAAAAGAGAUAAGCAGAUACUCACUUGUGUACUCAAUCUCCAAAAUUUGAAUCUGUUAAGACCUCUACUAUCUAGUUAUAUUGUAACAUAACUUUUAGAUUAGAUCUUACCUGGUGCCUAAUUUUUGUUGUUUUCACAUGUCAUCUUAGUAAUCCUUGAGCAUGGACGUGGUAGAAGCUGUUUAAUUUUGUACUGUCAGAUUAUUAUUACUAUAAUUAUAUUUGCUAUUGUUGUUAUUAUUAUUAUUGAUGAUGA